GAAAAGUUCGAAUUGUAUCAAUAUUUGAAACGAUGGAUGUGCCUAGUGCUUGUAACCUUUUGGACCAGGUUCUCGGGUACGUUAGUUUUACAUUCUUAGUGGGAGCUUUUUACUCUGCUAGGUCUUCUUCUGAUUCUGUGUCGAAUGUCUUACGACUUCUGGUUACAAAUUUGAAGCAGCUCCAUCCGUCGAUUACACCCAAACUAGUGGAGGUCCUGUACAUGUAUCCUUAUGAAACCACUCCAGUAGUUUCUCAACUCACUUGUGGAACUGAGAAAGAAGUACGUCUCUUGAUAGAGGCUUUUUCUGACUUGCUAUGUUCCGAUCGAAAUCUUCUUGUACCAAUAGUUUCUGCUCUUGGAGAGCUACCAUUAGCACCGAAAUUGUUGUUCGAAGUUCGUAAAACAGUAGUGAGGGCGCUUCAUACUGUUGAAGAACAAGAUGUGCCAAUCGUCGUAAGGACCUUGCUCCGCACUCUGAUAUGGUCUCAAGUAAGUUUCCACUUUUUGGCAUUUUCAAAAGAGUCACAGCUUUCUCGCACGAAGGAAAAAAAGGAUUUUGACUGGAUUGUUAUGGAAAUCAGAGAUGCAAUGAAGACGUUGGAAGCAGAUAAUCUAGUCAAAAUAUGGGAGGUUCUAGACGAUUGCUUCCGAGUUUCUCCUGUCGUAUGUAUUAAUCUUUUACACUCAUGGAAACGAAUAGCACUUGGCACAAGUUCGGAUGACUUUCGAUUUACUGUUUUCGACUUCUGUCUUAUCUUAUGUUCAAUACAAAAAUUACGCACGAAAACUACAGCUUUAGAAGUUCUUACAACCGUUCUCCAAAGGCUUCCUAACAUUUGCUAUUCGACUGUGCAAGUCCUGAUCAAACAUUUCAAGCCUAUUAUCUCGCACCAUUCGAAUCCUUUCCGAAUGUUUGCUACCUGUAUUCUACGAAUGAGGAAUACCCGAGCUAUAGUUACAAUAUUUGUCACUAUAUUUAAGGAGAUCAAAGAUUUGAGAGCCCAGUUGAUUUCUGACCUCAAUUGUGCUAUUAGACAAGCUACUGAUAUUUCAUAUGCAGCUGCUCUGUGUAUCGAUGAAAUGUCAAAUUAUGAGGAAUUCGCAGACAGUCUUUGUAGUGCGCUAAAUGUCAUUGAAGAUCUGGUUGCACACCCUCACACUUUGGAACCCAGAAUCAUUAGUGUUCUAUGUCGAUUUCUUACUCGACUACACAGACUCAGGCCAUCCAAGACAGAUUCAAUUUUUAUUUUGCUUCGAAAGCAAAUAUUAUUUGGAGAUUUUGCAGAGAAACGAGCAGCACUGGCAUUGGCAUUCUACUUCAUACCAUCAGUUGACUAUACAGAGUCAAAUAUUUUGGUCAAUCUUCUCUGCAAUGCCAUCCCUCCUUGCAUAGGUCAUUCUGAUACCGGAGAGUUUCUCAGAUUUCUUCCGAAUGCCAUCGAAAGGUUACCCUUAAGUCUGGUUCAAAAACUACAUUCGUCCUAUUUACGCUUCUUAUUGCCAGCAGAUUGUGUAGUCUUAGAGAAUGGUGUAUUGCGCUAUGAUGUCACCAGAAUGGUGAGAAUGUAUCCUGACAACUUGUUAGAUAUAGGUCGAAGUAUUAUUGCUCUUCGCAGCAUACACACAAGACUGAAUGAUCCGUCCAACAAAGCAAGUGGCUGGUUGUUGGUUGAGACAAUGGUAUCCAUGUUACUCAUCGAACUUGCUUGUGACAGGAAUACUGCUCCGAAGCAUAUGGAAGUACAAGAAAAUGAAUUACUGGAAGCAGCGUCAUCUUGCGUUGUAAUAAUUAUUAUCCUAUCGAAUGUCCUAACAAAAUAUUCGCAGUCAUUCACUUCCAUGAAAGCAGCUGAAAUGAACUUCGGUGCUUCAGACCAGGAGUCAGACUAUCUCUUCUUAAGUAGGAUGGAAGAACUAAAAACAAUGACUUGUGCUAUGACGACAAUUGUCAGUGAGUCACGUAGGAAAUUUUCCAGAGACGCUAUAGUAUACCUCAAAGAGAUACAGAAACUUGUAACUACGCCAUCUAUUUCAGUAUAUAUACAUUCUAUUAGUAUUUUACCAGUAUUUAGCAUAGAAUCGGUCGAAAGCAUGUCUGGUGAAGAAUUGGAAGUCCUCCUAGCAAAGAUAAAUUUCUCGAUAUACUUGUGGGAGAAAUUAGGAGAAAAGAUAGAUUGUCGCGAGAAUUCCUCCUUUGAGGAGACGACAGAGUUGAAAGACUCCUCUCUCCAAUCAGAAGAAAAAACUUGUUUUCCGGAUACUGUCUGUUUUAAGUUAUUCGAAAAUAUCUGCAAUUGUCAGGAUGUACUGCCUACUUUGCGAAAACAUAUUUCAACUUCCCGGUCGCUUGUGGAUCAUUCGUUUUGUUCGUUGCUUUCUUUUCUCUUUGAAAGAAUUCAAUACUGGAUGACUAUUCUACUUCAAAUUCUUCGUUAUGUUGUACGUGAAAGAUUUUUGGAUGACCAGAUAUCUCUCUGCUGGAAUUGCUUGGAUGUUCGUACUAGUCAUCGACAUUCAGUUUCAACUUUAGCAGUAGAAGCUGCAAUAGAGAAACUCAGUUGUUUCGUAGAGCAGUUGUUCCUUGCCAGCGAGGAGAUCACGUUAGCUUGUCUAUCAAUAGAUAUAUUGAGUCCUUUGAGUCGAUUCCCAAGAGCGAAGCUUAAGAUACUUCAGCUCUAUAUAGACUCAGUGAAGACUGUAUACCCCGUAAAAAAUGCGAUGCUUUCCUCGACAGUGCUUCAUGGAGUUCCGAAUUGUAUCACUUCAUGCUUUUGUUGGUAUUCCCCUGAUACUACAAAGUUUUUCCGAAUUCAAAAAUCGUCCUCUUUUGUAUCAGCAAAAUAUCAAAUAAUGUCAUGUGUCUCUGUUAUGAGUCCACAAUUUGCGCUUGCUUUCGCUCAAGUACUAAGCUUUAGUUUGAUAUCCAGAGAGUCCCAGAAACAGUUUCAGAAACUUUCAUCAAUCCAUUUCGAGCAUCCUAGUGAGGAUGUUUUCUGUUUGGAUGCUUCUAUUGAGGAAGUUGUGGAAGUAUUCAUCAGCUAUUUUUCCGGUAUUCUACGAUAUUGGCUAACUGGAGUCAAUAAUUUUGAAUUUCAUAUUCCAUUUUAUCUUGUUCGAGAAUCCGUCUGUUACAUUUAUGAUAUGCUGCAGUUACUCAAGACUGAACGCAAAACUUCUUUUGCUUCUCCCUUUUUACGAAGUUUCUUGAAGAGAAUCAGCAGUGUUUUGGCUGUGUUAAUGGCUGGCAUAGAUCGACUGACGAAAUUUCCGAAUAAGUUUAAAACCCUCCAAGAUUUUCCUUCAUUAAAACAGCUUGAAGAUUUGGUUGACAUAUGCAAAAAGCUGGCUGUAGUUGUUCGAAAUUUUGCAUUCGAUCAUCUACAGGUAGAGAAGAAGACCAAGAUUGGAAGGGCCUUGCUACCAAAAAGAAGGAAAUUUCGUGAUAAGUUUCACAACAUGAAAGAAAACAAUGUUUCCAAUGAUUCAUAUGCAUCAAUUGAGAAUGUAUUGCCUUCAGUGGUUUAUCACACAGAAAGUGUAAUAGAUGCUGCGUUGGAUUGGGCCUCAGUAGAACAGUUCGAAAGAUGCUCUCCAAGAAGAAAUGUUGAUGGCGAUGAAUGCGUUGCCUUCAAAAAAUAUGCUGAAGAUUUAGUCAAACGUAUUAUGUCCCAAAGAGGACAAACUAGUUUAAGAGAAGAAGAUAUUGACUUGAACUUUGCAGGUCCGGGGAUAUACACUGAUAGUGAAAACCAUGAACAUAUCAAUGGCGAACAAUCACAGGACUUUGCUGGUUCGGAUGGUUUCUCCGACUCUUCUGAAGACAGAUAUUCACAGUCUGACUCUGAGUUUAUUCUCAUCGAUGCAGACUUUCAGCCGUUGCAAAUCUAACUAGCUAUAGUUGCCUGUGUGUUUUAUAUGAACUGUUUCUCUUGACUUGGGUCCUGUUUAUGACCUUCCGGUAAUAUUAGUCUUAAUAGAUUGCAAUUGAAUUGACAAAUAAAAGCAAACAACAAAUGGAAUCUCACAUAAACGACGUUCCGUGUCU